GGGUACCAACGGCUGAGAGUGAGUGCUUCAUGUACUUUGAUGCAUUCAGGUGACGGCAGUGUACUCUGCAGGUGGUGCGUUCAAAAACAAAGCUGCGUCCAUUAAGCGAAAAACACUGGAAAGCGCAUCCUCCAUUAGUGAAAAGACCUUACGUCAAUUCUGAACUAUGGAGCGCUCAAAACAGUGUCACGAUAAUGAAGCGGACAGUAAACCGACUACGAACGAAAGUUAUAUUAAUGGACACUUGGUAAAAAAAGACAACCAGAUCUUGGUAGGCCUUGCUCAAGGGACGGGGACGGCCGGUGAGCCGAGUUCGCACACAGGGUCCUCGGUGGUAGAGGGCUGGAAGCAUGAGCGCACCCGAAGUAUGGAAGACAACGAGAUCAACUUGCCUUGUCUUGCGGCUGCCUACACCACUAUUCUCCGGGGGCUCGGGGAGGACCCGCAAAGACAGGGACUUCUAAAAACUCCGUGGAGAGCCGCUACUGCCAUGCAGUUUUUCACCAAGGGCUACCAGGAGAAAAUCAUAGACGUGCUGAAUGAUGCAAUCUUUGACGAGGACCACGACGAGAUGGUGAUCGUAAAGGACAUUGACAUGUUCUCCAUGUGCGAGCACCACCUGGUGCCCAUCUUUGGAAGGGUCCAUAUAGGCUACCUCCCCAAUAAGAGGGUGCUGGGCCUCAGCAAGCUGGCCAGGAUUGUUGAAAUCUACAGCCGUCGACUGCAAGUUCAAGAGCGGUUGACCAAACAAAUUGCUGUGGCGAUCACUGAAGCUCUGCAGCCUGCCGGGGUGGGCGUCGUCAUUGAGGCAACUCACAUGUGCAUGGUGAUGAGGGGGGUGCAGAAGAUGAACAGCAAGACUGUGACCAGCACCAUGCUGGGGGUGUUCCGGGAGGACCCCAAGACACGGGACGAGUUCCUCACCCUCAUCAGGAGCUGAGAGGGACGACCGGCCCACAAACCUGCUGCACAGCCCAACUCGGAUCCACUCUCCCUGUCGCCUGGUUGGAGCAGCAGCCGGCACACAGCAAUUUCUGUACAAAGCCUAGAGUCCGGGCUUGGUGGGUGUGUGCGUUGUGUGUGUGUGUGUUUUAUUCCUCCACCCCCUUCCAAAUCAUCACAUGGUCACAUGACAUAGCCGUGUAUGUAUUACUUAAUGCUGUCUGCCAGGUGGCAGGCUUAACCUAAAAAACACUAAUCAUUGAGCCAGUGUUUUUAUGGUUGCUUAAUUUUGUCCUUUAUUUUUUUAUUUACUUUUAAUAAGAUUGAACUACCAAUUACAGUAAAGAUACUUACACCUACAUAGGAACAUCCUAAUAUUAAAAACAAUUGAUCAAUCUUGUUUUUUACUUUUAUCCUGAUAUAUUUUUGCAAUAUAUUUUUAUCCAUGUAAACUAGGACCAUAGGGUUUUAAUUCCAAAACUGACAUAUCUGUAAAGCGGAAGCAUUAUAGAUUCCGCGAUAUAAAUUAAGGUAAUUUUGCAUUUGAGCCGACAUACACUGAGUGUAAAAAAACAACUUUAAGAACUGCUUUUUCCAUGACAGACUGACCCGGUGAAUCCAGUUAAGAUAUGAUCCCUUAUCGAUGUCACUUGUUAAAUCUACAUCAAUCAGAUGAAGGGAAGAAGACCGGAUAAAUAAUUAUUUUUAAGCCUCGAGACAAUUGAGAAUGUGUGCCAUUCAGACAUUGAAUGGGCAAGACAAGAUUUAAGUGCCUUUGAACAGGGUAUGGCAGUAGGUGAAGUAGAUGAAGGGAAGAAGACCGGAUAAAUAAUUAUUUUUAAGCCUCGAGACAAUUGAGAAUGUGUGCCAUUCAGACAUUGAAUGGGCAAGACAAGAUUUAAGUGCCUUUGAACAGGGUAUGGCAGUAGGUGCCAGGCACACCGGUUUUGUUGUGUCAAGAACGCUGCUGGACUUUUCACGCUCGACAGUUCCAAGAAUGGUCCACCACCCAAAGGACAUCCAGACAACUUGACACAACUGUGGGAAGCAUUGGAGUCAACAUGGGCCAGCAUCCCUGUGGAACGCUUUCGACACCUUGUAGAGUCCAUGCCCUGACAAAUUAAGGCUGUUCUGAGGGAGUUCUGCGUGUGCUCACUGCUCAUUGAUUGUCUGUAUUGUAAUUGUUUUUAAAAACCUGCCCAGGGACUGCAGUUGAAAAUUAGCCAGUUGGCUAAAACCGGCACUUUUACAGAAACAUUGAUCAAUGUGCACUGUCCCAUAAAAAUAAACUCAAACUCAAUAGGAAGGUGUUCUUAAUGUUUUUUACACUCAUUGUAUGCAGCGUUUACCGUGAAUGUUGUCUCCGCUAAAGCAGGAACAUUGUCUUUAAAUGUCAAUUUAUGGAUUACUAUAAUCAUAUGUAUUUAACCUUGCCUUAUGCCAAACCUAUUCAAGUGUGGUAAGUGCCCUUUUCACAUGGCAUCAUAUUCCCGCUCAAGCCAAAUGCUUCAAACCCAUUCGUCAAACAAUUAUCACUUAGGUCUAUCUGUCAGCCUAUCAGAAGGACCAGUCCCGGUCUACUGUACUUGUCAUUAACUAAUACACAAAGGGGGAGCAACAUACACUCAUACAAAUUUGGUAGCUACUGCUCCAGGUACUGUAUACUGCACCCUUCAACUUCAGGAAACCAACAAUGAUGGGUUAAUGAACAUGUUAACUGGAGUUCAAAUUAUGUGAUGUAAUGUUGCUGUUAGUUUUGAUUGUUGUAUUUGUCUGUGACCAAAGUUUCCAAAGGUGCAGUUACAAUGACUAGAUGGUAACUGGAUAGUGCAAUGAAGGAUGAUUUAGAUGGCACCAAACGGUGUCCAUAAUAGGACAAGCCCGGUCAGGAGGAGUUGUCAGAGGCUGGCCUAAUAUGGACACUGUACAUUAUUCGCCAAUAGUCACACUAUUGUAGGUAUCACAAUAGCGCAAAAGGUACAGAUUGACAAAUGUGGCUCUCUCUGUAUCCCCCAAGUGUGCAUUUCAGAAUUCAGUCUCUAUUGGGCAUCACUAGCUUCGUAUCUGUAAGUCGUGUAGGUCUGUGUGCGUUUUUAAUUUUGUGUGUAAUCUACAAGUGUAUUUUCUAAAAUUGUUGAGGGCCAGCCUAGUAUAUAUUCCGCUGACCUCUAUCUUGAGAAGCCUUACUUUUUUUUUGGAGGAGAAUUCACUUCCACCCGAUGAAUUCGAAGAGACUAGAGGUAGGAGUCUCACCUCUUGGUAAAGGAACACAUCACCUCUGUUAACCUUCUAAUGUCAACUCUGAAUAUAUCUAUGUAUGUCAGUGUAUAAAUGUUGCAGAUUUCUAUUAGACUUUUUAAAUGUCAAAAUAUGCUGCACUUGAGUACAGUACAAUUCUCUUUGCAAUGUCACGUAUACUGUAUGUUGCAUUUGCAUAUCUGUGAGUGCAUUCUCUAAUAUUAGGCUCUUCUCUCUUCAGCAGGGAUAUUAAAAUAUAGUAACAUUUGAAAAAUGUUCAGUAGCUAGGUUUCCAUCCAAUUGGCGAAAUAUUUUUAUGUGAAUAUUCAAAAAUCACAGCAGAGAUGUUUCCAAGAAAUUGACUUGUAGAUAAAAUAAAAGCUGUGCGUGAUGACCGUGCACAUGAAAAUAACUUUGGCGUUUAAAUUCCCAUGUACCAUUGCAUUUGUAACUCUCUACUGAUGGGUUUUGUCACAAACUGUUGCGUUAAUAACCAAUAUGCGCCAUCUGGUUUUGGCGCAUGCUCCAGUGAUGCUAGAUUUAGCAACUUUCCAGACUACCCUGGCAACUUUAUUUUCCAACCAGCACUUAACAACACAUUUAGCUACUUUUAAAAAUGUAUGUGGAACUUUUAGCAACUUUUGAAAAGUGACUCAAACGCUAAAAUGCACGCAUUUUCCCUCUAAAUGACACAAAAACGAUUUUCUCUGUUACACGCUCAGGCAGCAGCAGCAAUUUCAGCAAAUUGCAAAUCAUUGUUAGCCGACUGCAGCAGCAGUUGUACGGGGUAGACGAGCCAAACCCAAUUAAUAUAGUUGGUCACGAAUGUUUGAUCUUGAACAGAACUUACAUCAAUCAAAAUUGUACAGCCAUAAGUACAGAAAAUAGUCGGAGUCUGUAACUGAACAAAUCAUAUUUUUUUGCCGAGAUGGCCAGUCAAUUUGAGUAACGUUAUUGCGUAUUCUACGUAAUGACGCAGUUUUACGUUUUCACGCAAUGACUACACAACGCAAUUUAGCAACAAAUCAACCUGCCUCUAGCAAUUUACCCUGAAAUUUAGUUGCCAACACUGGCAUGCUCUCUGGUCUAGAAGAGUUCGCUGACAACGUGGACAGGGUAGGUUAUAUGAUGCAAUAGCAUUUUUAUUUGUUAAUUGGCAGACACGUUUUGUUCAUGUAGCCAGCAUUCAAAUAAAACUCUUGAUGGGCAUGUGCAUGAAGCUCAUCAUUGUCCAUCCCAUCACAACUGUCAUGAAAGUUCAUCAAAACGAUUUCAUCUGCCUAUAAACUCAAAUGUUUUUCCAUGUCGCAGUACACCAGAUGUCAUCGCAUGUCUCAAGUUUACUUCGAUAUGGUUUUAAAAAAUAAAUAUUUGCACAUAAAGGCUUUCCACCGCAUUCGUCGCAUAAUA